UGGCCCACGUGGCGCAUUCCGAUUGGUGGGAGCAAAAUCCCCUAAUCAGAAACAAAAUUUCAUGCAUGAAAAGUCACGAUCAUCAUGUUUUUUUGGAGCAAUUACUUCCAAUAGCUGUUCGUGGACUCCUUCCAAAACACGUUUGUGAGCCAUUAAUUGAACUAAGCUUGUUCUUUAAGAACUUGUGCUCAAAAAAUUUGACAAUGAAGGAACUUGAUAAGCUUGAAAACAAAAUUCCCUACACUAUGUGCAAAUUGGAAAUGAUUUUUCCACCUUCUUUCUUUUCUGUCAUGCUACACUUAGUUGUUCAUCUGGUGGCAGAAGCUAAGAUUGGUGGUCCAGUGAGAUAUCGAUGGAUGUAUCCAAUAGAGAGGUACCUGCGUACAUUAAAAUCUUAUGUUCGCAAUAAAGCACGGCCAGAAGGUUCGAUUGCAAGAAGUUACUUGGCUGAUGAAUGUUUAACAUUUUGCUCUAGAUACAUGGAUGACAUGACCACAAAAUUUAGUCGCCACUCUCGAAAUGAAGAUAAGGAUGGCAAUAGUCAGGAGACUAGUAAAAGGGAUCUGGACUUAUUUAUCCCACGUGGUCGUCCUUUAGGAAAGUCAACGCCUUAUCAUCUUACUGUAGAGGAGUUUGAACAAGUCCACUUUUAUACCCUUAAUAAUUGUGAUGACCUCAUGGAACUUGCUAAGCAGCAUAGAGAGUUACUUGCUGCUGAAAAUCCAACUCCUAGAAAUAUCGAGAAAAGACAUAAAGCUCAAUUUUCUGAAUGGGUUCGCAAUCAUGUGGAGCAUAUGUAUAAGGAAGGAUUGGUUGAUGAAGAAUUAUAUUACUUAGUUUGUGGUCCUUUACGCAGUGUAAGGCGUUAUAGUGGCUACAUUGUGAACGGGUUUAGGUUCCACACUCUUGAUCGCCAAGAAAAUAGAAAAACCCAAAAUAGUGGGGUUAUGGUUCACGGAGAUGAUCUAAUGGAUAAGGAGUAUUAUGGUGUUCUAAGAGACAUUUACGAGCUUCAAUAUCCCGGUGGAAAUCAUAUGUUCGUUUUUAAGUGUGAUUGGUAUGAUGUUCAACAUAAGGGUAGAGGGUAUAAAGUGGAUGAAUUUGAUAUAACCAGUGUCUGUAGUGACUUAUCUUUAUCAACUCAAGAACCCUUUGUAUUAGAAUCACAAGUGGAACAGGUGUUUUAUGUUCCAGAACCUAGGGAAAAUAAGUGGCUAGCUGUUAUAAAGACAGAGCCUCGAGAUUUGUACAACAUUCCUGAAAUAGACACCGAUGAAGCUGCACUUGCUCAAGUUAUUGAUGAAGAAGCUGUGCAGCAAGAGGAGAUUAGGACUUCAAAUGUCCAAACUUUAUAUGGAAAUGGAGAGAAUCAGUAUUUGGCUACUAAACAUUUUACAGUGGAAAGUGAUCCUCGAGUCGUAAAAUGGGUAACCAAAGUAAUGGAGAGGAUUAAGCAACAAAAACAUGGGAAACAAACGAAAAAAAAGAAGAAAAAUAAUGAUAUGGAUGGUUUCAUUGUUGAUGAUGAUGUUGAAGUUUAAACAUCUAUCUUUAUGUCACUUCUGUUAUCUUAGAUAGUUAUUUAGUUUCCUGUGUUAGGUUGCAAAAUUUAUCAUCAAUCAACUUUCAUAUCUAACUUGAACUGUUAUUUUCA